AAUCUCUCACACAAAGUCGAACUUGAGGUAGAAGCACGUAGUAAAUAAACUGAAUGGCUCAUAGAGCACUAUGUUGGUUACCUCAGCGAGCAUUUUUCAUUGAAUUUCUCCGUAUUUUCUCUGGGUCUUGUCGAGCGGACUUGACAGUCGUUAACUAACGUUACUCUUAAAACGGGCUGUCUGGGGAAAGUUUAAUAACGCAACAAGCCACAAACCGAAUGGUGAGUGAGUUUCUUCAGCGAGGACAUAACGUUACCAGGCCUGUUCAGCUGAACAGACCGAACAGAAAUCUCGAAUUAAGGAACUGAAUACCAAAUAAGACGUAAGGUUACAUUAAUUUCAGACACAAAGCGAACCUGUAGGUUAAUCGAGCUGUUGCGGUUUGCUGUUACGGGCUGUGUGUUCAAAAGCUAACGUUCAGGACGAGUUCGCUAGCCACGUCGCGUGCACUACAGCGGUUAGCUGUCACAAGGAUCUUCAUUGGUCUCGAUGCAUGGUUUGAGUUCAUAUUGACGAAAAGUAAGAACAGAAAUGUCAGAUACUAAUAAAGAAGUAGUGGAUCUGGUGUGGGGCAGACCCGGUGGCGGAGGAGUGCCUGCAUCCCUCUUCCGCAGGUGGUCACAAGGCUUUGUGUUUAGUGAGACAGAGCGCUCUGCACUGGAGCAGUUUGAAGGUGGACCGUGUGCUGUCAUUGCACCUGUGCAGGCUUUCCUGUUGAAGAACAUGUUGUUUAACACUGAAGGCUCAAACUGGAAAGAUAUCUCAGAGGAAGAGCAGAGGACAGUCUUGUGCUCCACCCUCAGUGAGAUCCUGGAGUCUGCCUGCCUCAAUAAGACACAGGCCUUUCACCUGGCCACCUUGCCUCGUGCUAAAACCACAGACAGCAGUGACAUCACUGACAGCCACCCAGAGCCUGAGUCGAGCCAGCCUACUGAGACACAGACUGCUUUGGCUGCUGAGGAGCUUGGCUUUGAGAGGUUUCACAGCAUCAUACAGAAGAGGACUCUCAGGACCGAUGCGGAAUUGAGAGAGGUGGUGUUGUCACUGUACGACACUUGGAAGAACAAAUUCGGGGUUCUGCUAUUUCUGUACUCUGUCAUACUUACAAAGGGAAUUGAGAACAUAAAGAAUGAGAUUGAAGACACCUCUGAACCUCUGAUUGACCCUGUGUACGGCCACGGCAGCCAGAGUCUAAUCAACCUUCUGGUGACCGGUCAUGCUGUGUCUAAUGUGUGGGACGGUGAUAGAGAAUGUUCUGGAAUGAAGCUUCAUGGCAUCCAUCAGCAGGCCUCUGUUGGCUUCCUCACACUUAUGGAGUCUCUGCGCUAUUGCAAGGUUGGCGCAUUUCUCAAAUCUCCAAAGUUCCCUAUUUGGAUCCUUGGCAGCGAGACUCAUCUCUCAGUAUUCUUCACUAAGGUGAGUUAAGAAAAUAAGCUCCUUUCUUCCUUCCCUCACUAUUCUACUCUCUCUCUCUUUCUUAUCUGAAGCAGUCUGGCAGUUUUCUUUUAUUUCAUUAUUGAGUGAAGACUCAAAAACACAAGAAUGUGCUAGCUAAUAGAUUUAGUGCCUUAGACGUCUUCUGGAAGAGAAAAGAAGAAAUAGUGGGGGAGUAUGGGCUGGAUGAUGAGAGGCAGAAAGAGGUUUUUGGACUUAUAAGGCAUCCAGUGUGGUGUGUCCUGGCUUCAGCCCCCGUGUCAUGCGGUCAGAUUUGGCAUUCCGACAUGUUCACAGAGAGGGAUGGCUAAUGUGAGGUGUAUCUUGGGUCUGAGUGGAAAUGUCAGUUCAUGUAACUGUAGUACCUGGUGUUAAAACACGUCCUUAUGAUGGAUGUGAGCAUUGUAUUGAUUCCACAGAUUUCCAGAGUGUUGCCAUUAGUGCUGAGCAGUAAACUAUAUCAUUUUAAGAGCAUGAAAUUGAUGUUGUUAAGGAUGAGAAGUAGGGCUGUGCGAAUAAUUGAAAUCGUAAUAAAAUCACUAUUUGAGUGUGCGUGAUUUCUAAAUUGGCCCCGACUUCCCGUAGUAUGAUAUCCGAACCAAUCAGAAUGCAGUGUCCCUAGGUGACGCGCGAGAACGGAGUUGGCAUAUGCCUAACUCCAGGUUCACAAGCUCUGUCUGUGAUGCAUUUUUUUUUUCGAGCACGUUAACAAAUCAGAGCAUUCACACUGCACCAAGGUUAGGUUGCUAGCAGGUACGUGCUCCACUGGCCGAAAGAGCCCCCUCCAGAUGAUGUUGUGCUCCCUAGAUAUGGCCUGGGCCCAUCUUUCAGUGCAUUUUUUUCAGCUGUUUUAUUGUUGCCCUGUUGAAAGCCCUCGUCCCAUUGCUUGGAGAAGUAAUAUCACACCUCAAGAUGCACUGUUUAAGGUAUCAUUCAGGUUCACAGCAGAAAUGAUAUGGGACAUGCUAUUCCCUGAGGUUUAGUAUUCUGGGAUAGGGGUAUG